AUGGCAUACAAAGUGGACCAUGAAUACGACUAUCUAUUCAAGAUCGUACUAAUUGGAGACUCUGGUGUUGGAAAAUCCAAUAUCCUUUCCAGGUUUACCCGGAACGAGUUUUGCUUGGAGUCUAAGUCUACCAUUGGGGUUGAAUUCGCAACCAGAACGUUACAGGUGGAGGGGAAGACUGUGAAGGCACAAAUAUGGGACACAGCUGGUCAAGAGAGGUAUCGAGCUAUCACUAGUGCAUACUACAGAGGAGCAGUUGGUGCCUUGUUGGUGUAUGACAUAACCAAGAGGCAAACAUUUGAGAAUGUACAAAGAUGGCUUCGUGAACUGAGGGACCAUGCAGAUUCUAACAUUGUUAUUAUGAUGGCUGGAAACAAGUCUGACCUCAAUCAUCUCAGAGCAGUCUCUACUGAUGAUGCUCAAAGUUUGGCUGAGAGAGAGGGUUUGUCAUUCCUAGAAACUUCAGCAUUGGAGGCCUUCAAUGUUGAGAAAGCAUUUCAGACCAUUUUGUUUGAUAUUUACCAAAUUAUAAGUAAAAAGGCACUGGCUGCACAAGAAGCAGCUUCCACUACUAGCGUUCCUCAUGGAACUACCAUAAAUGUCUCAAAUAUGUCUGGUAGUGUGGAGAAGAAAUCUUGUUGCUCCAAUUAA